GUAGUGAAAUAAAGUAAGAAGCUACUGUUUCACUCUUGCACACACUUGCCAAGUCCACGUGCUUCCCCCUCUCUCCCUUACCAUUUCAGCCAAAUGACAUGCACUAACAGUAGCGUCGAUGCUCGCAAUCGACCGUCCGCCGCUGUAACCCCUCUCUCGCAGAUGCACGAUCUCCUCGUGUCGCUCCUCCACUGGUGGCCCUACAGUCCCUCUCAGCAAUGCCCCUCGUUUCUUCUCUGCGGCCCGACCGCCAACGGCAAGAGCCACCUGGUGCGCCGUGUUGUCCACGACGCAAACAACACAGCUCAAUGCAACGAUGGAAAACACGACCUUGCCUCGCAUGAAAGUCGCCGCCACGUCGUUUCGGUGACACCGCGCCUCGCACAGGCAGCGGCGGUGCAGGAUGCGAAGGACGGCUGCACCGGUCUGCGCCGCUUGCUGCGCCGCACGAUUCACGAAGCCUGCACCGACGCGCUGGGCAGAAGGAAAGAAGGAGACGCAGUUCACGCCGAAGAGCCGGUUGAACUUGCUGUGCUAGUUGUCUUCAACCACGUUGAAUGCUAUUGGACACACGGAGGCGAGUCCUAUGUAAACAACGGCGAAGCGACGAGCACCUCCGCUGCGGCUGGUCAACGAAAUGGAGAGGACGCCGCCUCAACUUCCGGCGUGAACGAUGGCCUCAACACGCUUUACCCCUCUCUGCUAGCGGACUUGUACACCGUCUUCCGCAGCGCUCCGCCGCUCUUCUCGCAAGCGGAGUGCGCUGCUCUGCGACUGUCAACCGUCGUCUACGUGUCGCUCUUUACAGGAGAGCUAGACCAAGUGCAGCCCACAGUCCGCCAGCGCUACGUUGACUACGCCUUAUCGUUGCCCACGCCCACGGAGGCGGAACGCACGACCUUCUUUCGGCCCUUUACACAAUCCGCACACGGCGCAGCUGAAGCAGAUGGUGCCUUGCUCCCUGUACUCCUCGCCGAUGCGCUGGUGCUGCGCACUGGUGGCGCGUCGUAUGGCGGUCUGCAAGAGAUUGUCGCCUUGGCUCUGGAGCACGUCGCAGCUCCGGCGAGUGCUUCCUCCUCACCCGCUAAUGCUGGCGCCUUGCCGCACACGCAUACAGCGACGCAGUGGGGGCCGCAGACUGCCGGGGCCGCUGCCCAGUGUAUUCUCCAUGCCUACCAAACUAGCCUCUCUAUCACCGCCCUCGAGUACCGCCGCAGCGCUGGCUUCGUAGAUGUGCAGGUGACGCUCUGGGACGACAUUGCUGGCAUGUCGGACGUGAAGGCCACGCUGCGGCGACUCGUGACGGAUCCGAUCCGCCACCGCGAUGCCUACUGCCGUUUCCACGUGCGCCCCUCCACCGGUGUGCUCCUGCACGGUCCGCCUGGGACUGGGAAGACGCUCUUGGCGAAGGCGAUGGCGACGGAGCUGAACGCGUCUUUUGUUUACAUGGACCUGCCAGAGCUCGUGCAGAGUGAGCUGGGGGAGUCGGAGCGGCGGCUGCAGGCGUACUUCGAUGUGGCACGAGAGCGGAGUCCGUCGGUGGUGUUUAUGGACGAGGUGCAGGCCGCGUUUGGCGUACGUUACGGCGAUACCACCGGAAGGCAUGACGGUCGCCCUCCGCGGUCUUCUACGCGCGCCGGCGGCGGCGGUGAUGCGGGCAGGCCCGUGUCGACGACAUCGCACGAUGCGCGCCUCGUUUCGCAUUUGCUUCGGCUGCUGGAUGCCGCGCAGCAGGAUGAGGAACAUUUUGUGUUGUUUGUCGGAGCCACCAACGUGGUGCACUUGCUGGACCCGCUGCUGCUGCGCGCCGGUCGACUGGACACCCUUCUCGAGGUGCCCCUGCCCGACACGGCGGCGCGGGAGAGUCUCGUGAAGCGUGUGGUGUACGGCGAGUGGUCGCAAUGGUUCAGCGGCGAGCGCGACGCCGCGGAGUCGGUGUCCGUCGCGGAGGACGCGCAGCGGCUCGACCGCAUACAAGCGGCCUUGGUGGACGAAUUUGUGCGCCUGUCGGAUGGCUUUAGCGGGGCGCAGGUGAGGAACUUUCUCUCGGUCUUUGGGCUUCAGCUGGCUCGUACUGUGAGUCGUGGGGACUGGAGUGAGAGGGAACGCAACCAACCAGAGCGAGAGGGUGGUGACAUUGGUGCGGCUGCGAUGGGUGACGAAGCUGCCCAACGUCAGUGCCGCCUGCAAGACGCCAUCACGCGGCUUCUAACUGGCGAAGAUUCCAGUGAAGCGCUAAGUCGCGCCGCGUUGGACCUAAUUUUAAGCUCUCACGCAAGGUCCCUUUCGUAG